CACAAUGUCCCACAGGAUGAUCAGCUUGUGAAUCCGGGUGAAGAUCUGAACAAUUUUAAUCCUACAGAGACAUAUGUGAGGGGUGAUGAGCAGAGUACAGAGGAGAUUAAUACAGAUAACAGCUCAAAUGACUGUACCAGGAACUCAGAGGAAGAUCUGGUAUCUUUAGAUUUUAAAGUUAAUGAUCAUAGCAUCACACGAGAUGCAUAUAAAAAACAUGCCGAUAUCCAAGAUACAUCCUCAUCCAUUUACAGCAAAAAUUUAUCAUCUGAUCCUUUUAAAGAGAUCCAUUCUUCUGAUUCAUCACGGGCCGUAACACAAAAUAAAAGUCACAGAACUCACAUAAGGCCACAUAAGAAGCCAUUUUUAUGUUUAGAAUGUGGGAAACGUUUUAACUAUAAAUCAGAUAUUCUUAGACAUGAGAAAAUUCACACAAGGAAGAAGCCAUUUUUAUGUUCAGCAUGUGGGAAAUGUUUUGCUGUAAAAGAAUAUCUGGUAAAACAUGAAAGAACUCACGCAAAGGAGAAGCCAUUCUCAUGUUCAGAAUGUGGGAAAUGUUUUCACUAUAAAUCUGAUAUUGUUAGACAUGAGAGAAUUCACACACAACAGAAGCCAUUCUCCUGUUCAGAAUGUGGGAAAUGUUUUGCUGUAAAAGAAUAUCUUGUUACACAUCAGAGAAUUCACACAGGGCAGAAACCAUUCUUAUGUCUAGAAUGUGGAAAAUGUUAUAACCAUAAAACAGAUUUUCUUAAACAUCAGAGAAUUCACACAGGAGAGAAGCCAUAUUCAUGUUCAGAAUGUGGGAAAUGUUUUGCUGUGCAAAAAUAUCUUGUUACGCAUCAAAGAACUCACACAGGGGAGAAGCCAUUCCCAUGUUCAGAAUGUGGAAAACGUUUUAAUCAGAAAUCUGCUCUUCUUAUGCACCUGAGAACUCACACAGGGGAGAAGCCAUUUUUAUGUUCAGAAUGUGGCAAAUGUUUUAGUGUGAAAUCAGCUCUUGUUAGACAUCAGAGAAUUCACACAGGGGAGAAGCCAUAUUCAUGCUUAGAAUGUGGGAAAUAUUUUCACCAGAGAUCUCUACUUGCUACACAUAAAAAAAGCUCACACAGUAGAGAAGCCAGCUUGAUGUUUAGCCCGUCAGUGACUGCCCAUAGGAGUUUUUACAGUGACUUUAUUCUGAUUGAUAUGCCUUUUGAUGAUGCUUCAGUGAAAUGAAAUAACACUACUGAGCAGUGAAAAAGCAUCUUGCUUUUAGCUACCUGAGCAAUAUUCAGAGGCCGGUGUGAGAGGUCCCUGAGGACAAAAGAAUGAAUACCAAUGAUCAACAGUAAAAUACAGGUAUAAGUGAAAGUAAGUUUUUAUUACAUUUCCUCUCAGUGACAAUGUUCAGAGAAAGGAGAUGAACAGUAGAGCAGGCCCCCUCAAGUGUCCCAGCCUCUUAUUGGUAUGGGACACCCCCUAAAAUUCCUGUAAACUGCAAACACAGGGGCCUAUAGGACAGUCCAAAAAAUAGAGCUGGAUUCCCACAAGAGCUGGUGUCCAGACAUGUGGAAAAAGGGGAGUCAUUCACACUUGUAAAUGGCCAGUUACUUGCGGUCAAGUGGAAUGACAGGAUGUCUACAGGCUUUCUACUGAGCAUGGGGACAGCACAGUAAUAGAGAGAGGGGCUACCGCUGGUAAGAGUAAGCCUGUCUGUGUGACACAUCAUAAAUCUUUGGGGGCGUUUCUAUCUGACCAGGUCCUUCAACCAUACCUGAUGAAGCACAAAAUCAAGUUCUGAAUAAAGAAAAAAAACUGUGAUCUACCUAUUACAGACCCUACAUAGUAUGGAUUUGUAAAAGAACCCAAGGAACCAUAACCUUCCUCCGGUUCCAGAAGGUUAUUGAGCUCCAUGUUCAGAAUGUGGGAAAUGUUUUAAGAGGAAAUUUGCUCAUUAUACAUCAGAGAAUUCACACGGGAGAAGCCAUUCUCAUGUUCAGAAUAUGAGAAAUCACAUCUUGUGUAUAUAUAUAUAAAAAAAAAACUCAUAGAGGAGAGAAACCAUCUUCAUGCUUAGCCACUUAGUGACCUCCCAUGCGUCUUUUUCCAGUGGUCACUAACUGGCUAUAUUCCGAUGGGUACCCCUUUUGAUGACGCUGCAUCGGAAGAACAUGGCACUGCCGGGAGGUGAAACACCUUGCUUUCUGCUACCUGGGCUUGGAGCAAUGAUCGGGGGAUGCUGUGAGAGGUCAGUGAACACUCAUGAUCUUCUCUAUUGAAUGAAUACCAGUGAUCAAUUGUAAAGUGCAGUUAAAAGUAAAAGUAAUGUUCGAUGAGAGGAGAUAAAAACUGAAACCCUUUAAAUGCCCUAAAGUCUUCUUUGGAGGAGCAGUACCAUUACUAACAGACUAAGACAAUCAGAUAUUUGAAUAUCGUGCAGUGCAAAAAGAUAUAGGUGCAACCAGUAGUGGGACUUUAUAUAGCAGCAUGAUAGUACAUUUCAUAAAUUAUAUUAGUUUGGGUUGGUGACUGUUGUCGGCCUUUGACAGCCCCUAAAAAUCAUUUUUUUAGAUAAACACUUAUAACAAUCCUGAGGAGCAGAUGAGGAAAUGUAUCUUCUCUGUUCUUGUAUCUCAUAACUUGCUGUUACCAAUCACUAAUAAAGAUUUUCUUUAUAAUGUAUGUCCGGGCCUCUCUUUCU